AUGAGAAUCGCCAUCACAGGUGCCCGCGGCACCGUCGGACGCGCUGUGGUCAAAAUCGCCUCGGACCAAGGCCACUCCACGGUUCAGGUCAACCGCACCGACCAGGAGUAUGACGGUACGCCCAACUCGGAGAUGAGGACCGCCGACACAGCCAGCGAUUACGAAGCGACCGUGAAAGCGUUCAAAGGAUGUGACGCGAUCAUCCACCUCGCAGCUAUCCCCGACCCGGUCGACAAGGACGACCACAAGGUGCACAACAACAACGUGAACUCCGCCUUUAACGGAUUCCUCGCUGCCGGAGAACUAGGCAUCAAACGCUUCUGCUAUGCGUCAUCCGUCAAUGCCAUCGGGCUCGAGUACGCCACGAAACCGCUCGAAUUCGAAUACUUCCCGGUAGAUGAGGAAGUCACACCCCGCCCAACGGAUUCAUAUGCUCUUGCGAAGGAAGAGGCCGAGACUCAGGCGAAGACAUUUGUGAGGUGGUUCCCUGGGACGAAGAUCGCGUGUAUGCGUAUCCAUGCCGUGGCGUCUCGGGCGGAGGCGCAGAAGGGACACAAGGAGAACUGGGAUGACUCGGCUGUGAAGAGUCUGUGGGGGUGGGUGAAUCCGGAGGAAACGGCAAGAGCCUGUUUGCUGGCAGUCGAAAAGAGCGACAAUCUCAAGGGAUGCGAGAUAUUCAAUGUUGUUGCGCCUACGACUACGCAGGACACGCCGUCACAUGAGUUGGCGAAGAAAUACUAUCCCAAGGUCGAGAUCCGGGGCGACCUUUCGGGGAACCGGUCGUUUUUCACAUCUGACAAGGCACGCAAGCUUCUAGGAUGGGUACAUGAGGAGAAUUGA